AUAUAUCAGUAAAUAUUGGCUUUUAUGUCUUGCAGUCUUUAUGCUUCAAGUAUUAUAUUCAUUUUGGGGCUUUGUCACAUCUCGGUCUAUUUUUGAUCAUGUCACAUUCACUUCGUGUAAGCCGAGGGCGGUUUCCAGUUGAUUUGCGGAUCCUAAACUCGAGCAUUGUGAGCGGUGGCAUUUUGAAACAUUACACUUCAUCCUACUGAAAAAUGAUGUUUGCGAGUGUGUCCAUUCAUGUAAUGUGUUUGAUGGUGUUUUUCCAUCAAGGAAUCGGGGUUGAGGACGUAAGGAAUGUUAUGGGUUACAUCGGCGAGUCUGUUGUCUUGCCAUCAGAUGCUGAUCCCUCAUGGACGCUUAGUACAAUUCGUUGGACUAUCUAUGAAAACUUAACAAAUAUUGCAGUCUUUCAGAGCAAAAAAGUGAAUGUUGAACGUUUUCCCUUAUUCAGUGGACGCCUUGAGCUGAAUACGUCUUCAGGCCAUUUAACAAUUAAAAAUGUAUCAUCCAGAGAUGCUUUAAAAUACAGAGUGGAGCUGACAGACGGAAUACCCACUCGAAGAAAGACCAGUUUUGUUCAGCUUUCUGUUCAGGAGCGACUUGGUAAACCAAGCAUACGUCUGCUGCACAGUUUUCUGGAUUCAGGGUAUUGUGUGAUCUCUCUUGGCUGUUUAUCAAUGAACAGUAAAAUUUCUCUUUCUUGGGAACCUGAGCAUGGCUUCAGUGAGUCCUUCUGGAGCAGCGAUCAGGGAGAUUCUGGUGAAUCAGUGCUGUGGGCAUCUUUCACACCAAACCGGGUAGUAACCUUCUCCUGUACUGCUGAUGAUGACCGUCGCCAAGAAUCAUCCAACAAGAGUGUAACAUGUACAGAGCCAGAACCAAGAGGAAACAACACUCAGCCUGGAAGUACUCAACCAACCUGUAUAACGACAUCUGAAGUUUUCCCUAUAGGAUUCAUUGUAGGACUCGUUGUAGCAGUGUUUGGAGGAUUUCUUUAUAGAUGGUUGAUGAAAAUCUACCAGAAACACAAAGUCAAUAUUCUCUCUCUCUCUCUCUCUCUCUCUCUCAGAACAACCUUCAAGAUCUGGCUUUACUGAAACUUCAUCCAGGCAAAUCUGAACUGCUUUUCAUCCUCGCAUCAGUAUCUUGCAAUCUUCCUGGACAACUCUCUGAUGUCACAACAUCGGAAGGAUUCAACCAUUAUAUCCACACAGGCCACUCAAGUGCUUGUUCAGUCUCCUGUCAUUUUGAUACUGGACUACUAUUGCAACUCGCUCCUGGCAGGUCUGCCUCUGAGCUCCACUGGACCUCUGCAACUGGAUCAAACUUGAGAUGGUAUGCCAGAUCUAGGAACUACCUCUCUGGUCAAAGAAAAAAUUUAAUCACUGUACCAGCAGUCUUCUGAAUGCACUGCCUCCCUCCAUCUGCUAAACCUGUCUAUCACCAGGCGCUUAAACGGCCUUUCUGGCAUUGAUAUGUGCCCUCUUGAUACUGAUUUUCCCUUUCUGACAUUGUUUUGAGCACAAAUAUCACACUCAGAUUAUCAUCCACCGUUGCUUGUAAGUACAGAGAUCAUUCCUCUGGCUGUUUUAUCUUUCCCCUACCUUACCCCUCGCACACUGGUUAAAACCAUGGCCAUCUGAAAUACAUACAGUGCGAAGUGCAGUAGGUACAAUCAGAAUUCAAUUAACUAUUUGCUCGGUAUGUUAAAGUGGCGUUCCAAUGUUUUAUUCUAAAACCUCACUGCAUUCAAACAACUCCAAACAGAAGACACAAUCCAUGGGCAUAAGCAGAGUCAGUAUUUAUCUCUAUAUAUUAGCAAUUCUACCCUUAACCGGUUUGCACUCUGUAGUGAUGGCUUUUGAUUCAGCCACUUGGGCAGAGCAGGGUGCUCAUAAUGUUUGUGAAAUUUCAGACACAAAAUCUUUCAGAUAGAACAUCUAAAAAUUUCAAAUUUAAGCUCGAGGAAAUAUGAAUUUCGGCUAGGCAAUCGUGAGUGUUCUCAGAGACUGGCUCCACAGAAUUAAUUAGGCAACACAACUCUACAGUUGGUGUAUUAGACACACUAAUAGGUUUAAGAGUUACAUUUUGGGUGGCACAUCGAAUAACCUCGUAUCCUGUUCUUUCAAAAUAGAAAUGACCUGGUGUGAUGAGUGUAAGAUCAAUGUGUGAGAGAGCAAUUUUCCCAGUGAUCUGCACUACGAGAGCAGCUCCAUGGGAGCGUGCGAGGGAGUCUCUGACCACAGAGGAGUAAACCGCAGGGGAGUCCACAGCCCCUGAAGGAGACGCUCCCAGGUGUACUUCUGAUCUAGGAAUGUUAAGGGGAGUAACAGCCUUGAGCUCUCACAUGUAGGUACACUGGAAAAAGAGCUGAUCACAGUUCGACAACAGAAAAAUAAUAUCCUGUGGAGUGGAAUAGGUUACAGUACGGACAUCAGGCAGUAAUGGAGCUACUGGGAUGACUAGUUCAUUGAUUUUGCAACUUUUGUGUAAAAUGCUAUCUUCUUCCAGCCUUAAACAUUGGUUACUGGGUGGGUUGUAUUGCAGAACUUAUUACAGUUGUUAUCACAGCUUGCUGUAACAAUGCUAGACUAAGUGGGCAUGUUCCUUCAUCCUUUUCUGAGGAUGGAGGGUAUUGUUUACAGGACACAGGAUGACUAUACUUCACUUUAGCUUAAUACAGUGUAUAUGUUACUUGCUGUGCUUCAACCUUAUGUAGCCCAUAAUGUGCCAGGUAUGUUAGCGAGUUCAGGAUGAGGGAUGCCACCAUCACUGUCCAAUUUGGAAACUGGAGACAGACAACUGGGAACACGCAACUGCAAAACCCAUUAUUAAAUGUUCAAUUUAUGCAACAGAUCAAGGCCUAUUAAAAAUGGUGAAUACUUAUCAAGUGAUUUACUGUACACUGAUUUUAAUAAUGCAGAAAGCCAUUCAAAAUGAGGAGUUCAGUUUUUAACAUAUUAAGACUUCUGAUGGUUACAGAGCACUCAAAUUGUUCGAUAUAAACAAAUCACAAGGCCCUGUUUGUGUGGAAUCUGUUUGUGUGGAAUCUGUAUUUUUGAAUUUAGCAGCUGAUAUUAUUUCGUCUCCGUGAACUUAUCUUCUUGUUCCUUUAUUAAAUGAGGGAAAUCCCACUAUAUUAGAUCAUUAUAGUCCAAUCCCAAAGCUCUGUGUCCUAUCAAAAAUUUUAGAAAGCCUUAUCAAGUAUGAAAGCCUUAUGAAGUAAUCUCAGCUUAUCCAAUCAAAGGGACAACACCUUUCACAAAGGGGUCCUCCACUCUCACGUCCAGCCAAUCCGUCAAAUCCGUCACAUAGCUCCAGUCUGCUGUCUUUAAAAAUACAACCCCAAUUGGCAAAGAUUCAUUCAUAUCCCUUCCUGAGUUCCUUUCUCAAUAUCCUUCUGGUGAAUUAAAAACAAAACUCCUUUAGUCUAGGACUAUUUGUGAUGUACACUAACCUAACAUGUUAAUAUCCCAUCUGUGUUAUCGAGUGAUAAUCCCAAUAAUACAGAACUAACAAUACAGUAAAUGAGGUUGAGUUGAGAUCUAGACAUGUAUUUAAAGUUCUGGUUUCUUUUAUCCCACUAAUUUUUAUUCAAAACAACCUAGUGAAUUUGUUUUUA